GUUCGUCGGUCGGUGGGUCGGUGGGUCGGUCGCUCGGUCGCCAUUCUCAUUUCGAACUUCGAGCCCCGUGUGUAUCGGCUCUGGCUUCGGGAACAUUCCUGCUUGCUGCCUUGGCGUUUUUAUGGCAAUCGAGCCAAGUCCCAUCUCGGUCGGUAUUCGCUCGCCCCUCCAUAGUUACCGAAGGAAGCAUCCCAAAAGUGACCAGGCUAUCCACCCGUCCCAGGCCGUUUGGGUACUUUACAUCCCAGUUUGGACGCGUGUCUGCAAAUGCCAAGUGGCCACGAUUUCCAAGUGUUCUCUGGUAGCUUCUCGAACAAGAAGUAAGUGUAUGACGAACUGGAAGUGAAUUUGAAUAGUGUCAGUAUGGAUCGAAAUCAUCACAGUGGUAGAAGACCGCAACAACCUCCGCCAGCUCCGCCUCAGCGAACGCACCACCCACAUCCGCAGUAUCCCCAACCCAGUGACGCCACCAGACCCCAUCAUCAUACCUAUGAACCUUCUAUCAAUCCCAGGUCUGAAUUCAGUGAUCCUUUUGCAGACAUGAGAGGACAGUUUGAAAGAGAGUUCUAUGAGCCCAAUCAAAACCAUCCUGGAUUCUUCAGACAUCCCUUUAUGGACGGCUUUGGACCGAGCUUUAAUCUUGGUCGAGGAUUUCCCGCUGAGGACGAUCGUGACUUUCCCCAAUUUCACGCCAGACAACCCGACAUGAGAUCACACAGUCCCCGCCCAUCGAACGACGAAGUUCCUCACAAAACGUCGCGUGCUGAAUCGAUCCCUAUUCGAGUUGUGCAUGAAAAGAAUCCCGCGGGUAGUGCCUCGCCCAAAGCGAAACAUCCAGCCAUGUCUCGGAACACCACGGAACUUCCCGCCAAAGGGACCACCUCUGAUCAGCCCGACAAGUCCUCUCCGAGGAUCACUCGUGCCAGCUCAGAGCCACCAAAGACGUUUCAGAAGCAUUUGUCACAAAUGAAGCAACCACCCAAUCAUCAUUACUCGUCCAUUCCUGAGGGCGGUGUUCUGCCCUCAGACUCGCAGACCGAUCAGCUACACGUCCCGUCGGCCCCGGGGGGAAGCAACAAUCCCAACAACUUGGCUACUUCGGCGUCUGCACCGAGCGUUCCCACUUCUAGUCAACCAGAGGCUCCUCAACACCAAAGGCGAUCGGAGGUUCAGCCCCCAAUUCCUCGCGGGUUGUCUCCCAAGACGGCUAGUGGUGCCAGCGAUAACCGCAAACAAUCUGCGCCUCCCACCAUGAUGAAUGCUCCACCAGGGGUCCGCCAUAUCCCUAUUUUUGUAGAAGGGCGUGACGAGCCUGUAGUGAAUCGAUCAGCUAGUGUAGGAGGAACAGCUGCCAGUGGACGAGCUGGUGGAUUUGUCAAACCCUCUGAUUGCUAUCCGAAUGGAACGCAAAAAGUGAGUCGCGGAGAGGUCCACCCUCAACGCAUGCACAUGAAUCUUCCAACUCAAGAACAACAGAGAAAGGCCCCUACUCGCUCAAAUGAGCCCACUAGUCCGGUCUCACCCCCGCCGGGUCCAAUUCCAAUGGGCUGGGUCCCCCCUCCGCCACCACCACCCCAAAAAGUGGUUCCAGGCGAUCCCACGAGCCCUCUGCCUGCACCAGAUGGCCCCAUACCACUUCCAUGCAGCCCCAACUAUUACAAGGCAUCUCCUGUGGAAUCUAGAGCUGGCGGCAAAGAGCAGCAAAGUAAUGCAGCUCCCAGUCCUCAAGGUGAGCGUAAGCAAACUAUGGUGCCGCCUCCUAAGAAUCCUGUACCAAACGUGUCUCAAUUGGGUGGAGGAGCUGGAAACGAUACAACCGACUCUCACCCUCAUGUUCCUCAAGAACGGGGCGGCGGGCCCGAGGAUCCAGCCUUGUCAAAGAUGGAGAAAAUCCAAGCCGAGGUGUCCGCUCUCAUCAAGAAAAUUGAGGAGUUCAAAGGCAACAAGAAAGACAAAGAAUAUUUGUAUCUUGACGAGAUGCUCACCCGACAUCUGAUCGCUUUGGACGAGAUCGACACUGGUGGGCGUAAUGAGCUUCGUCAAAUGCGAAAGGAAUCCAUCAAAAGCAUCAAUCGCUGUCUGAGUAUGCUCGACUCCAGAGCUAAGAACGAAUCGGCCAAGGCCAACACGAAUAACGGCAAUGAUCAGAAAAUAGCCAAGGAAAGUGAUGCUGCCCAAACCAAUAAUCAAAUCCUGUCAGACUUGGCUGCCCUUAGUUCCUCCAAUAGUGCCAACAAAGCAGAAGAGGUAUCUAAUACAGCCAAGAAGGACUAGAAUUUCAAUCAGAAUCUCGUUUUGCUAUAACUUUAAGAGCCAACUAAUAUAAUCGCUGUCUUCAGAAUCAGAAAUUACUUUUAUCAUAAUCAUUAUUAUUAUUAUUAUUACAUUAUUACCACCACCAUGUUCAUUAUUACCGAUUAUUGAGAUCGGAACCACGAGAGAAACACCAGCAGCAUCCAAAAUUACAAACCGUGGAAAUACUGUGGACAUAGGAAGAUGAUUUGUGAUACAAUCUUAUUAUGCAAAUGAUCAGACUUCAACGGCAAUUUUCCUACGUUCCAAGUGUAGUCAUUCAUUUGUUUGUUCAUCCGUUUUUUUCUCUCAUACGUUCAUUCAUCUAUCCAUCGCCCUUCCGUUGACUGGGUGCAUGCCGUAUCUGUCAUUUGUAGUCUUCCAUAGCUGUGCAACAAACACCGCAAUGUCAUGAAAUGAACACAAAAAUAACAUUGAAAAGCGUGCCUAAUAUCUAUACAAAAAAUUGCCUUUGUAUGUCCUUAAUAUAUUUUAUAAGAAUCUGUGCUGUCA